AUGGCCUUCACCAUAAUCAACGGGCAGGUGUUUACCCCGGGGCUUGCGAUUAUCGACUCCCCUCAGCCCUAUACCCCACUCGGAGGAGACAACCUCCAAGUAGCCAUUGACGUCUCUGGCAACGGGCGGUUGACCUCCAGCCCGUCCGACGCCACUCAAUUCCAUGACAUUACGCUCUUCCUGACCUCGAAUGAGCUCUCGAAGAACUUCACUAUCUCCAAUGGCACAGAGCCCAAGGACAAGGCCUAUGUCGGCCCUGUCCUGGAGAUUAACCCGUCUACCAACGUCCAACAAGUCAACUGGAACUGGCCUGCGUGCUUAGUGGGUGGCGGGGACGGCGGUUCUGGCUCUGCACGAGGAUCGUACAAUAUCUCAAUCCAUCAGUCUUUCAAGUGGGAUGGAAAGGACUACUAUACGAUUUCUGACUUGCCUGUCAACAUCACCAAUGCUAUUAGCAAGUCGGACGAUAGAGUCGAUUGUAAGUUGUUGGAGAACGACUUGCUCAAGCCCGCUGAGAUUGCCGCGAGCAAUGAUACUUUGCCGGGGCAGCCUUGGGUGGAUGAAGGUGCUGGAGGUGAUGGUGGUAGUAAAAGUAGUAACAGCAGCAACGGUGGUGGAGAGACUAAUAGUGGUGGCCAUGUUCGAGGUACUAUGAAGCAAUGGGGUCUGUUUGCCAUGGUGGUUGGGGGUAUGCUGCUGAUUUGA